AUGGUGAUUGGGACAGUGCUGAGUUUGCUUGCUUUGCUGGUUUGCCUUGCAUCUCUUCACCUGUCCCUCUUCACAGCUUGGUACUCUGGUUUCCGCAGAGCUUUCACUCGAGUGGAAAACGUCCACUUGAAGGACAUCAAGUUAGCCAUCCAAAUUGCAGAGGCGGGCCUUGAGCUAUCAAAACAUGGAAAGCAGAAGACGCAGUUGCAGGAGAGGCGGCUUGCCUUGCUUUUUAUGCUCAGAACGCAUUUGGUUGAAAUCGAUGCAUGGCGGAGGUGGUUACAGCCAGAAGGAUUCGGAUUAGACGGACAGCCUUCGGUGUCAUUGUUUUUUCAUCUUGCAGAUGGCUUGGAAGCAGCAGGCCCUGAAGCCAUAGCUGACCUGCAAGCACUCCCUGGGGCACGAGUGAUACCUACUGUGGCUACAGGAUGGUGCGAAUUGAUGGCUGCAGAGGUGGCACUUUUUCAAGCUGCUCUUCAGCACGAGCCAAGUGCAGAAAUGCUGGUCCUUUUGCCCCAUGACGCUGUGCCGCUGCAGUCUCUUAGUCGUGUGCUGAAAGCAUUGUUGGACGGCAAUGCGGGGGUGUCGCGCAUAUGUCCCGCGGGUGUACGAGAUAUUGAGGUCCCUCAUGAUUGUGCUCAUGGCAUUGAACCACAUUGGGCAAGGUCCUUGAUGCUGAAGCAUCAUCAGUGGAUUGCGCUGAGUCGAAGACAUGCAGCCCACCUCGUGCAUCCGCAAGCCUUGGCAGCUGCGAAUGGCAUCUUCGAGUCUGAGUAUUUGGGAGAGCCGCUGUGCUCGGAUGAAGUGUUCCCUUUGCUUACCUUGGCACUGAAGGAGCAAGUGCUACAAGACAAAGUUCCUGCAGAACAAGCCUUGUCGCAGCUGAUGCUGUACGUGGCUGCGGCACGUGGAAACUUUGAACAGGGGCUGCGAGAGAUGGAUGCACGUGCUGAGUGCAUUUUGUAUGCGCCCUGGCCUGGCUGUGGUUCCAGUGACAUCCCAAGCUUGAAACGGGCGAAGAGCCCCAUUCUUGGCGGUGGAAUGUCACCCACGGAUCGGGAUGGGCUGCUUCGUUCUCUUGCUAGCAGAGGUGUCCUUUUCGCUCGCAAACUUGGCCUUUACCAGGGGAAUGUCAGUGGGCACAUGGCGAUGCUGGAUUCAGGGGAUUCCCAUCCGAGGACAGCUGCACCAGUUCGGCUUUUGCCUUUGCCUGCAGAGGAGUGCUGCGGUCCGAUAGUCAUGGCUAGAUGGGGCUUGGCCACUAUCAAGGCCUGCUUGCCAGUCCCAAUUCUUGUGGCAGCAUCUGGCGGUUUGGCAUGGGUUUCAGGCAAGCUCGCCCUUGCAGGAGGACACACCUCAUCAGGACUGCCAGGGACCAGCUUCCAGCGGCUCAUUACAGUCUAUGUCACAGGCCACCUUGCUGUCUUUUUGUUUUCAGUGUUGGCAUUCCCUGAGUAUUCCCUUCUAGAGCCGUUUCGCAAAGCUGGUCUCCUCCAAAGACCGGAGCUUUAA